UUCACGUGAAAAGACCUCGUUUUCCUUUCUUACUGCCGAAUCGACUUCUAAAUUAUUAUUUUUUAACUGAAAUUUUUACCGUGAAGCCGGUUUUGUAUAAUUUUUGUCAUUUCGGGCUACCGCUUUUUAGUUUUUGCUCGAGAUAUAUCAAAAUGAAAAGACGCGGAAAUAAUAAAGGAAAGUCUGGAGCCGGCGUGUUGGAACUGCACCAAGUGAAGCGCUUGGACAUGUCGGACCAGGUGGCCAUCGUGAAGAGACCGAAGUACAUGCCCAAUCUGCACAACCUGGUCAUGCCGCAGAUAUGCUAUGAGCACUCCAACCGCGUGGUGGCCGCCCGCCUGUCCAUCGAGAUCCAUAAGCACGACCAGGAUGCGGCCGAUUUCUUUGAGGGAGCGGAGGCGCCCUGCUUGAAUGUGCCGCGCACCCUGUUUCCGAAUCGCGCUCCUGUGGACAAGAUCAUCUUUAUGCCCAGACUGCUGCUGCCAGUGGGCUUUGAUGCCGGUGGGGUUUUUGCACCAGGUGCCAUCCCAAAGCGUUUCUAUCCCACGGGUCUGAUGCCACCCAGUCACAAGGGUCCAACGCCGCCCCUGUUCGUGGGUCUGCGCACCAAGGACUUUCAGUUGUCGGUUGAGGUGCAGAAAUUGUUGGAGAUGGUGCCUCCAGCAAUUACCACGGUGCUGCCCACCACGCCACCGAAGAUGGAGACCAAGAUCGACAUUGGUUAUACCCCGAAUUACAGGCCACCGCCCCUGCCCAACGCCACCGCCAAGGAUCGUGCCGCCGAGGGGCCCAGCCUGGAGAUGCGUAUGAUUCGCCAUGAUGUCACCCUGUCGUUGGUUUACACCACACCGACUGCACCGAAGCCACUCUCAACCUAUCCAUUCCGUCAUCUCCCGGUGCAAUACAACAUCUAUACACCGGAUCUAUCCAAUGUUCUGAUGGUCAUGUCACGCGUAUCCAACCUAACAAUGGCCAUUCUCUCCACCAUCGUGCAUCCACAUGCGCCGGCAGUGGCCAUGGCCACCAUGGGCGAUGAGGAAUGCCCGGAUUUCGAGCUGCCCUCGGAGGUUUUCCCCACCUGUGACGGCCUCAAGCGUCCCAUAUUUCUGCCCGAGCGCUUCCAGCCCAAGGGAUUCAAGGCUGGCUGUGUCUUCAAGCCGGGCAGCCUGCCGGAGUCCUUCUUCAGGGGUAAUUUUUGGAAGGCCGGAACACCACAGCCACAACAUAGCAAUGGCAUAACACCACCGCUGUUCGUGGGCCAGUUCACUUGCGCAAGCGCGGCCAGUGCCUUUUUAAAGACGAUCCAAGAGGAGGGCAACCAGAAAAUGGCCGAUGCAUCCGGAUCCUCAGCAGAGGCAUGUGGAUCUGGGUCUGUUCAGACCGUGGAGUUCAACCCAACGAAGGUACGCUGCAUGACCAAGGGCUUCUUGUUGCUAGAGACCGAGGAUCCGGCCACACCACCGGGUGCACAUAGCUUGAAGAACUACCUGCAUGCCUACAAUGCUGGAUGCUUUGUGAAGGUUACACGCGAGGAGGUAACCGAGGAACUCGAGGAGCCUGAGGAACCCAUAGUACCCACCGCUUUCUCGAGAAUCGGACUGCAGUGCUGUGCCGUAUGCCGUAUGGAUCCAGCUAGAUGUAUCAUGAACCGCACGCGAAGCCCAGAUAGUACGGAUACGGAAGAGUUCUUUCCGGAGGAACACAAAAAGGAAGCAGAGGAAAAGAAGCCUAACGAAGCUGGAUCUAUCAAUAACCAGUCGAAAACCCCAGAUCCGGAAGGUUUGCCAGAAAUACAACUAGAUGAUACAUACAUUGUAACCGAUCCAGAAGAAUGCUUCGAGGACAACGGAAAGGAAUUAAACUCUACCGAACACGCAGCUGGAUCCAUUAUUAACCGACCGGGAACCCCGUUUCCCUGUGCUUUGCCGGAUAUAAUGCUACAUGAUAAAACAUACGCUAAAACAGAUCCAAAAGAAUCCCUUGAGGGGGAAAAUGGAAAGGAACCGAAGGUAACGAAGACUAUCGAAUCCACUAGUAUGAACCGACCGGGAACCCCAGUUCCCCGUAAAAUACUACUAGAUGAUAAAACAAUCGCUAGUACACAUCCAGAAGAAUCCCUUGGGGGGGAAAACGAAAAGGGACCAAAGGAAAUGAAGACUAUCGAACCCAUUGCUGGGUUUAUUAUAAGCCGACCGGGAACCCCAUAUCCCGGUGUUUUGCCAGAAAUACUACUAGGUGAUAAAACAUAUCCUAGUGCAGAUCCAGAGGGAUCCAUUGAGGGAGAAAACGGAAAGGAACUAAAGGUAACGAAGACUAUCGAAUCCACUAUUAUGAACCGGCCGGGAACCCCAUUUCCCCAUGAAAUACUACUAGAUGAUAAAACAAUCGCUAGUACACAUCCAGAAGAAUCUAUUGAGGGGGAAAACGGAAAGGAACUAAAGGAAGCGAAGACUAUCGAACCCAUUGUUGGUUUUAUUAUAAACCGACCGGGAACCCCAUAUCCCCAUGGCUUGCCAAAAAUACUACGAGAUGAUAAAUCAUACGCUGUUGGAGAUCCAAAAGAAUCCUUUGAGGGGGAAAAUGGAAAGGAACCAAAGGAAACGAAGACUAUCGAAUCCACUAUUAUGAACCGACCGGGAACCCCAUUUCCCCAUAAAAUACUACUAGAUGAUAAAACAAUCGCUAGUACACAUCCAGAAGAAUCCCUUGGGGGGGAAAACGGAAAGGAACCAAAGGAAAUGAAGACUAUCGAACCCAUUGCUGGGUUUAUUAUAAACCGACCGGGAACCCCAUAUCCCGGUGUGUUGCCAGAAAUACUACUAGAUGAUAAAAUAUACGCUAUUGGAGAUCCAAAAAAGUCCCUUGAGGGGGAAAACGUGAAGGCACUAAAGGAAACGAAGCCUACCGAAUCCACUGCUAAAUCUAUUACAAGCCGCUCGAAAAUCCCACAUCCUUAUGAUUUUCCAGAUCCAGAACCCUUUGAGGGGCCUAACCGUAGGGAAGCCAGGAAACGCACAAAACCCAUCGAUCUAAACGAAACACGAUCCUCAGUUGGCACCGAAUCCACUGAUUAUAACGCAGAGUUCCUGAUGAAUGCCACUUUUAGCACAGAUAUAGAAACGGAAUCUGAUAUGUUUCCCGACGCCGAACUGGACACAUCCCUGGGCUCACUGGGUUCACUGGGCUCACUGGGCUCCCUGGGAGACGAGAAGUUCCUGAAGUAUUUCAAAAUUGAUAGCGACAUUGAUCUGAUUGCCGAUGGUGUGGCCGAUUUGGGCCAGGCCGAGAUGAAGCUAAUAUUCUGCGAGGAGACGAUGACCGACGACAAUGUCGGCAAGGCCCUGAGUCAGUUGCGUCAGGUUCUCGAGGAGCGCGACGAGAUUCGCGACCACACCGACCAGCUCUACCUGGACCAUGCCCAACGGAUGGAGGACGACUGUCGCAGGGCCCUGCGAAAGUCCACGCGCUGCCGAGAUUGCGGCAAGAUCCACUAAGAUGUAUUCGAAAUAUC